AUGUUUAUCAAUUGUGUGAUAUUGUUGAAUAUUGCGGUAGUUUCGACAUUAGCGCUGGGAAGUAUAAAAAAUGUAACUGUCAGCGGACGAGUGGCAUGUAACGAUCGAUCACAACAAGAUGUUGAAAUACAGCUAUGGGAACGUGAUACACUGGAUCCGGAUGAUUUGCUGAAUAAAACAAGAACUGACAAAAAUGGAAAUUUUCGGGUAUAUGGAGAGGAAAAUGAAGUGCAAAAUAUUGAACCGUACCUAAUAAUUGUACACAGUUGCGAUAAUGGUGUCAUUAAUCCGAAAUGUUCAAUAAGAGAUCGAUACGAAAUUCCGUUGAAACAUGUUGGCAGUUCAUACAAUAUGGGCAUUGUGAGUUUAAAUAUUGUGAGGAGCCGACAGAAGAAUUGUGUUUGA